AUGGCAGAGUUCAAAAUCGAUGUUUUAUCGGAAGAAUUUCUUGCUGAAGACCAACUGAUUGAAGAGACUGACGAACAGCCGGAAGAGCAACCGGAUUUGCGGGACAUUAUUGAAAACGAUUGGAAGCUACAAACCCCCGUUUAUUCCAUUCUAAUAAGUCACGGAAUCACCCUAGACUAUCUUAAAGUCAUAGAUGAAAAAGCGCUAAACGAUAUUUUCUCCGUUGUAAAAUGGACGGGACAUAAACAUGCUCUGCGCUCAAAACUGGAGCAGUGGACCGAAAGCGCUUUGUAUCGCCCAACAGUUCCGCUGAUUAAUCCGAUUAACGAAGCACCUUCGAGCCAAAACACUCUGCCAGGACCAUCUCAACGCAGAUUUCUUCAAACAGCAGUAACUAACAACGAGCUUCUCAGCAUACUCGAAAGGAAUGAGAAAGGCAAAAUUGUCUGCCAAUAUUACGAAGCAAAUAGGCGGCUUGAUUUGCAACACCGGAGAUACCUAGCACAUACUAUUGUAGAUUACUACAUCGCCAAUAAUUCCUACUUUACAUUAGCUGAUAUGGAUCGUUACUCUGAGCUUAUUGCUGCACGAUUUCCAACUGAAUUAUCUGUGAUCUAUUAUAAUCCGCGAAACGCAGCAUCUGGUAAAAAGCAUCCCUCUGGACUUCUGUACGAUCGAUUCCACAAUAGGAAAAAAGCAAGUUUACCUAAUCGACGACGUACGGAAGUUUCAGAUCCCUGGACGAUUUGUAAGGCAAAAGCAUCGAACUUAACAGAGAAAGAAAUCAAUCGUCUGACUUCGAUAAAAAACUGGUUAAGGAAUAAUUUGGAACCGUUUGAUGAAGUCCUACUUCGGUGGAACGAUUCAGUUUUAUUGCGCAUACCUCACAUUAGUCACGACACAGAUACAAACAAAUCAAACACGGAAAUGGAUAUUUACUGGUAA